CUUUAGCCCUCAGCAUACUCGUGAAGUAGGGCAAAAACUCUCUCCGCCCCAUCAAUACGUCUCGCGUCGCCGAUCUGCGCCAUGUCUCAGGUAGAUAACAGGAAUUCUUCAGCUGCCAAGCGAGCACGAACUGAUGGUAGCAGGAGAGAAGAUGAUUGGACCUGUCCUAGCUGUGGCAAUGUUAAUUUUUCUUUUAGGACGACUUGCAAUAUGCGCAAUUGUACCCAACCCAGACCAGCUGAUCAUAACUCAAAAUCUGCUGCUAAGCCUGUGCAAGUUCCUCAGGGUUACUCCUCAGCUCCAUAUGUAGGUUCUGGUGCACCCUCUUCAAUGUAUCUUGGCGUGCCACCAUAUGGUUCUUCUCUCUUCAAUGGAGCACCCAUUCCUCCUUAUGAUGGUCCCUUUUCUGGGGGCUCUGCAUAUCACUACAACUAUGGCAGCCGCCUUUCUGCAGGCAGUCCUUACCGACCUCUGCAUUUAUCUGGACCACCACCUUAUUCUAGUGCUAUGAUGGGAAAUGGUGGGAUGUAUGGUAUGCCCCCACUGGUGGACCGCUAUGGCUUGGGUUUGCCCAUGGGCCAUGCAGCUAUGGGCCCAAGACCAGGUUUUUUUCCUGAUGAUAAAUCUCAAAAAAAAGAUGCAACCCGUGAUAAUGACUGGACCUGUCCUAAAUGUGGAAAUGUCAACUUCUCUUUUAGAACUGUUUGUAACAUGAGGAAGUGCAAUACACCAAAACCUGGAUCUCAGGCUGCAAAAUCUGAGAAGAAUUCUAAACAAAAGAUGCCUGAUGGAAGUUGGAAGUGUGAGAAAUGUAGCAACAUAAACUAUCCCUUCAGAACCAAGUGCAAUAGACAGAACUGUGGGGCCGAUAAACCAUCUGAAUCGACAAAGUCUCCUUCACCCUCACCGGACGAAAAUGAUCAGUGAGUACUAGGACAUGUUUGAGGGUUGAGAAGGUCCAGGGUUGUCGUCCAGCAUUGCUCAAUAUGGGUGUCUGAAAGUCAGUCGUGUCAUCUCCAUGUCGCAGCGCUUGUCGUUAUUCUGCCUUCUCAUCAUCUGUGUCAAGUUGUUGUACUAACUGCAAUGGUACUUGUGGUCUUUAUGGAUCCUUUUCUACAGAUGCAUUAUGUGUCGGCCAGCUUUAUCUGGCAAGAUUUUACAGGUUGGUUCUGGUUUCUAUUAGAUAGGUUUAUGUACUGUUGGAAUUUACUAGUGGGUAUUGUUAACAUUCACUAUGCUACCAGCAGCAGAGACAGUACUGCGGGCUGUGUUUCUGGUUUUUUAAUUAAGUUUAAAACGGUCUCUAUGAAGUUGAAGAAGUGUCUUUUGUUUUCACCGGAUGCUUCUGUUAGAAGUGUAUGAAGUUCCAAAGUCUCAGGAUUUUAAUUAGGGUUUCAUCAUGUUACAGUUGUUGUGGGGAAUAGAAAAUGAUUCUGGUAUUGGUCAGUUGCAUGUCAGGUGUAUAAAAAGGCCAUUUUUCUUUUCCCAUUGGUUGCCUGUAACAUGGUGGAUACCUUUGUGAUGUAGUCCUGUGUUGUUGCCUCAAGAAAAAAGAUUGAUUUAGAGUCCUGGUGCUUGGGCCUAAGACUAGAGCGUUAAAUUUGUCAUCAAGCUUCAAUGGGGAACUUGGUUCCACAGUUGUAAAUUUGCAUUCUUUUAGAGUGAACCAGAGCUGUUCAUGAUGGCUGCGGAGAAUGUACUCUUGUCGUUUCUUGUUUAGCCCACAUUUGGUAUCAAAAAGAACCAGUUAUUUUUUUGCUUUA